AUGAACCACGGGUACAUGAGGGACAUGCACAAUCGAAAUAGACGGAUUAUCCCUGCCUCCCGCUUUACAGGUCCCCCCCCGCCUAGGAGUGCGCGUUCCGAUGCGGCACAUGCCAAGCAAUUCACGACGCUAGUCGGUGGAGUCGUGCAGCGCCUCCCCAACUUCGACACGGCCAUAUUCUUCAUGAAUGUGGUUAACCAACUUUUGCCCGCGACAUCUCCUGAACGACCAUGCCAUGAUGAUGGGAGUAGGAGCGUGGAGCCGUGGGAAGCGCACAGAGCUGAAGAUGGAGAAGAUGUGGAGAUGGAUGACGAGGACGGGGAGGCCUCCUCGUCCAUGGAGUCCGCGCCCUCAGUGGACUCUGUGGCGUCGGAUGACGUGACGGGGUCGGAUGGACAACGAGACAUUAGGUUCGAAAUAGCGCGCAUUGCACGCAAAUAUUUUCUUCCAAAUACAGCCAUAACUGACAUCAUUCAGCUUUUCAAAAGAGGGAGCGAGGGACCGACGGAGGUGGAACUAUGGGAGACGUAUCGAGAUUUAGAGCGGUUCGAAGAAGAAUUUCUGUCCAAUGGAGAGGAGUGGGAGUCAGCGGACAUAGAGCUGCCGGGGGGGAUAGGGUUCAUGACCUUUCGGUACAAACGUCUCGUACCUAUCCCAUUGAGAAUGUGGGAAAAGAUGUCCCGAGUCGCUGGCUUCACCACUAAACCACGGGAGGUGAAGGUGGAUAAUGUGAGGAGGUAUGGCGCGGCGGUGGAAUGUGACUGGUUUCACCGGGCAACGGUGUGUGAGGAAGCGAGGUGGCUGGACGGAGGCGUGGAGAUGGUGGCCCUGUUCCCGACACUUCCGUCCGCAUUGACCUCAGAGCAAAAGACAGCGGCCAUGCACGAGAUGCUUGGCAUUGUGCUAGGGCCUCUCAUGGCUCUAUCUUCUGUCGCGAGUGGGGGAAUUCGGGUCACGGACCAUUUGGGCGGGAAGUCCACAGUGUUUCCUCUGCUGGGCAAGUACGUGUGCGACCAGCCUGAGUCGAGCAUGGUGACAUGCACAUGGGCAGCCACCUCGAAUCAACCCUGCUCGCUGUGCAUCGUCAGCAAGUGGGACCUUGCGGACCUCACCAAGGCAAUCGAGCCCCGAACGGUGAAGGACCAGAAGGACGUGUACAAACGGAUGGAGAAGGCCUCUGCAAAGAGGCGCAAUAGAAAGUGGGUGAGGACCCUAUCGUGUUGUGCGGCAGCCGGCGAGGUAGUUGUGCCUGGUGAGGUGAGAAGGCAACAAAAGAGAGGUGAGGUGGCGGGGAUGAGAGGUGGGGUGGGUUAA